AUGCCUCCACGCAAACGGCCGCAGCCUGCGGUUGCUGAUACUGCAAAACCCAGUUCAGCCGGACCAAAACGACUUCCCAAGGCCAGCGCCGCCAACAGACCAAAACCGGCCUCGACUACGACUCGCAAGCCCGAAGAACAUGGCCACGACCACGAUCACUCUUCUCAUCCACAGAAGCCCCGAAAGGUGGAUCCUUUCGAUGCCCUCUUGGAGCCCUUCUACUACAACAAAUCCUUGACUGACCCUAUCAAUACCGCUCGCGACAAGUGGAAUCUACUACCGGCCUUUCUCAAGGUCAAGGGCCUGGUGAAGCAACACAUCGAUUCUUACAACUACUUCAUUGAAGUUCAACUCAAGAAAAUCAUACAAUCUAGUUCGACAAUCUACUGCGAAACCGACCCCAGUUUUUUCCUCAAAUUCACCGAUAUUUAUGUCGGCACCCCUCGUCGCAGCGAUGAUCCAAAAGAAGAAAUCGAUUUUGAAUCUACCGUCACGCCGAACGAAUGCCGACUUCGUGAUGCCACUUAUGCUGCCCCGAUUUAUGUCGAUUUGUUAUACACUCGCGGCGGUGAUAAUCGAGUCAGAAGGACUGGUGUGCCCAUCGGCCGUAUGCCAGUAAUGUUGAGAAGCUCAAAAUGUGUGCUAUCGAAAAAGCCCGCUGCUGAAAUGCACUACUUAAACGAGUGUCCACUCGAUCCCGGUGGUUAUUUCAUCGUCAACGGCACGGAAAAGGUCAUUCUCGUCCAGGAGCAACUGAGCAAGAACCGUAUCAUUGUCGAAACCGAUCCCAAAAAAGAAAUCGUGCAGGCUUCCGUCACUAGUUCAUCCAACGAACGAAAAUCAAAGAGUUACAUCAUCCUCAAAAAAGAACGGUUGUAUCUAAGGCACAACGUCCUUUCUGAAGAUGUUCCUCUCGUCAUCGUCCUCAAAGCCAUGGGCGUCCAUUCCGAUAAAGAGAUGCUUCUUCUCGUUGCCGGUAUGGAUAAUCUUUACCAGGACGACUUUGCCAUCAAUUUUGAGGAGGCUAUCAAGCAAAAUGUUUAUACCCAGCAGCAAGCCCUCGACUGGAUAGGCGCCAAGAUCAAGAUCAACCGGUCUGGCAAGUCUACAGACUACAAGAAAACGCACAGCGAGGAGGCUAUUGAGGCUCUCUCUUCCGUCGUCAUUUCCCAUGUCGAGAUCAAUGAUAUGGACUUUAGACCCAAGGCAUUGUAUAUUGCCAACAUGGCCCGGCGUGUCUUGAUGGCCAAGCACGACGCAGGAAUGGUUGAUGACCGAGACUAUGUAGGAAAUAAGCGGUUGGAACUGGCUGGCCAACUUUUGGCUCUCCUUUUCGAGGAUCUUUUCAAGAAAUUUUGCUUUGACAUCAAGAUGAACAUCAGCAAAGUUAUGGGGAAACGACAGCGAGAGAUUUUCGACGCUAUGAGCGUCGUUACUUUACACGCAAACCAUAUCACUCAUGGAAUGAACCGAGCUAUAUCGACCGGAAACUGGAGUCUCAAGCGAUUCCGAAUGGAACGUGCCGGCGUCACCCACGUCUUGAGUAGGCUGAGUUACAUUGCAGCACUGGGCAUGAUGACUCGUAUUUCGAGUCAAUUUGAAAAGACUAGAAAAGUCAGUGGACCCCGAGCUCUACAAACCUCACAAUUUGGCAUGCUCUGUCCGUCCGAUACCCCGGAAGGUGAAGCCUGUGGUUUAGUGAAGAAUUUGGCACUCAUGACGCACAUAACAACCAACGAUGAAGAAGGCCCGGUGGCGAAGCUGGUCUUUAUGCUUGGGGCAGAAGAUAUUAUCACCCUGGGCGGCAAAGAGAUCUACGGACCCGGAGCAUACAUCAUUUCUAUGAACGGUACACCCAUGGCUCUUACUAGACGGCCGAAACACUUUCUAGACUCGUUUCGCAGGUUGCGGCGGAUGGGCCGAGUUUCCGAGUUUGUGAGCAUCUACAUUAACCACCAUCAGCAUGCAGUCCAUAUUGCAACCGAUGACGGACGUAUUUGUCGGCCUCUCGUGGUCGUGGCCAAUGGAAAACCACUUGUUGGCGUGAGCCAUUUAGAGAAGCUUCGGGAUGGAUCGAUGCAAUUUGACGACUUUCUUGCCCAGGGCUUAGUCGAAUACUUGGACGUCAACGAGGAGAACGAUUCGAACAUUGCCAUCUAUGAGCGCGACGUGGUUGACAUUACUACCCAUCUUGAGAUUGAGCCUUUUACAAUUCUGGGCGCUGUCGCUGGUCUUAUUCCAUAUCCUCACCAUAACCAGUCACCUCGAAAUACAUACCAGUGUGCUAUGGGUAAACAAGCCAUUGGUGCGAUUGCCGCGAACCAGUUCUUGCGGAUCGACUCGUUGCUUUAUUUGAUGGUGUAUCCCCAGAAACCCAUGGUAAAGACACGGACCAUUGAACUCAUCAAAUACGACCAGCUUCCAGCUGGUCAGAAUGCCACUGUUGCAGUCAUGAGCUACUCAGGUUACGAUAUCGAAGAUGCCCUGGUGCUAAACAAGGGAUCCGUCGACCGAGGCUUUGGACGUUGCCAGGUGUUCCGCAAAUAUGUCACUCAUUUGAAAAGUUAUCCGAACGGAUUGAGUGAUAUACUUAGAGGACCCGAUCGAGACCAGGACCAUAUCCCUAUCGAGAAACACGCCUUGAUUGAUGAGGAUGGUUUAGCUGCUGUUGGCGAAAAGAUUAGCCACGGCGAGGUCUUUAUUAACAAAGCCGUUCCAGAAUCGGCAUUUUCGAGUGGCAUCACAGGGUCCGAGGUGGGACGUGAGCAGGAGUAUUCUGCGGCACCCAUGACAUACAAACUCCCUGACCCGGCUUACAUUGACAAAGUCAUGAUUUCUGUCACCGAAGGUGAGGGUAACAUAUACAAGGUUCUGACUCGACAAACGCGCAGACCUGAGCCUGGCGAUAAAUUCUCUUCGCGUCACGGACAAAAGGGUGUUUGUGGCAUUAUCGCAGAGCAGGCAGAUAUGCCAUUCACAGACCAGGGAAUUGUGCCGGACAUUAUCAUGAACCCGCAUGGUUUCCCAUCUCGAAUGACUGUUGGCAAGUUGCUCGAACUUGUGGCUGGCAAAGCUGGCGUCCUGUCAGGACAUCAUGGCUACGGAACAGCAUUUGGUGGCAGCCCCGUUGAGGAGAUGUCGGCCAUUCUCGUUGAUAAAGGAUUUAGUUACGGCGGCAAAGACUACUUGACCUCUGGCAUCACUGGCGAGCCUCUGCCAUUCUAUGUUUUCACCGGUCCAAUCUAUUACCAAAAGCUGAAGCAUAUGGUUCAGGACAAGAUGCACUCGCGUGCAACCGGUCCACGGGCAACUCUAACCCGCCAACCGACUGAAGGUCGUUCCCGAGACGGUGGUCUGCGUCUCGGAGAAAUGGAACGCGACUGUCUCAUUGCUUACGGCACCAGCCAGCUCUUGCUCGAACGCCUGAUGCUUUCUUCUGACAAACACGAGAUUGACGUUUGUGAAAAGUGUGGGUUUAUGGGUUAUCACAACUGGUGCCAGAGCUGCAGGUCAUCGCGCGGGGUGGUCAAAAUGACAAUUCCGUACGCAGCCAAGCUAUUGAUCCAGGAACUUCUUAGUAUGAACGUUACUGCUCGACUGAAGCUUGAGGAUGAGUUCCCCGAGAGCCGUGGAAUGUAA